GGAAGCGGUAGUCGCGCAGCGACACACGUGCUUUCCUCCUUCUGCAGCAUGUACCGAGGUUGUGGUGGCGUGAAGAGAUGUCUGUAGACAUGGUGGAGCUCUCCGUAACGACACCGCAGCCGGUCAAACCGGCCGGAAUCCCGCAAAAGAACCGCGUGUUCCUCGACUUCUUCUGGGACUUGGCCAAACCGGACCAGGAGGUCCGGCUCAAGGCUUUGGAGAACCUCAUUCAGUACUUGAAAACCAACGACCAGGCAGAUGAGUUGGAAUACUCCUUGAAGAGGCUGGUGGAUGGACUCGCUCACACACGGGAGGCUGCGAGACCCGGAUUCAGUCUGGCGCUGGGGCAGGUCUUGGGUGCAUUUAAACAAAUCUCUUUGCAAAGUAUACUCAACCAAAUAAAACAAAAGCACAAUUUGCAGACAGCGAAAAAGAAAUUCCUCAGAAAUGCCGCGUUUGGAAACCUGUUUGGCGUCCUCGCCCUCCAUCAGUCCGGCCGCAUCGCUGAAGAGCCGCAGGUGGUGUUGGGAUGUGUGCAGCUCCUGCAGAGCCUCAGCCAACACAGGCAACACCUGAAGGACCUGCCCACACAGACCAUGACGGACAUCCUCAAUGAGAUCCCAGAGGAGGUGUUUGAGGAGGUGCUGCUAAGCGCCCUGCAAACUGACCUGGCAUCAGCGUUCAGCACUCCGGAGCAGCUGCAGCUGCUGCUGGUAGCAUUGCGGCGCUUUCCGCGAACACUCAAACCCAAGAAACUGAAGAAGCUGCUGGGCUUCUCCACCAUCAUCAACGCCGACAACAUUCCCAAGUUGACAGAGGUGUUAAAGAUGGCGGCCAAGUCCUCAAAGAAGGAGUGUCUCCUCCCACCGGUUGUCCUGGACCUCCUGAAGCUCUCACUGAAGGAAGACAGCUUCCAGCUCUUCUGGAACGACGCCAUCGUCAACGGCAUGCUACUCAAGGAGCCGCUGGGGCCCACUCAUUACCUGUGCUACCGUCUGCUGGGGAGCGCCUUGCCCCUUCUGUCGGAAGCCCAGCUGAAGGAGGUGUUGUCUGGAGAGGUGAUGGCCUACUACGCUGAGCACAUGGCGUCUUCGCAGAAAAUUUCCCAGAAAGGGAGCCGCUUCCAGCUGGCGCCAGAGAUGGACGCCUACGUUUCAGCCUUCUUGCAGAGCUGUCAGGAUGCCGACAAGCAGCUGACAGUGAUGGUGGCCUUCUCCUUGCUGUCCACCAAUGGCUUCCUGCUGAUGCCGCCGACGUGGAAGGUGGUGCAGCACCUUCAGCCCGCGGCUCUGCAGCAGUACGUGGACUGGCUGAAGAAAAUGUUCCUGCAGCCUCAGCUGGACAAGCUGCUGGACCUCAGCGCUCGCCGGCACAGGGACAAUGAGGAACAGAAGGAGAACUCCAUAUUCAGCCUGAGGAGGUGGAUCGUCUCUCGGCUCUGCUCGAUCAUCGACAACAACCAAGUGAAGAAGGAGGAGGACCUCAUCAUGGGUGUGGCCAGAUUUAUCUUUUUCCACGCGUUCUUCGACGUCAAGAAAGGAUCGCGGGACAUCGAAGAGACGUUGGGGAAGCUGUCUAUCCCACUGGAUGAUAGAAUCCGAGGACCGCUUGUCAGUUCCUUUUUUGGACUCCUCUUGUCCCUGCACCUCAUGCCUCUGGACCAAGACCCGUCCGACGGGGCAGCGUCCUACCGUAGGCGCGUUGUGGGCAUCACAGCCGACGGCACCAUGUGGAUCUACCACAUGGCCCAGUACGCUCAACUGCUGCUUAGCCAGCCGAAAUACGCCCAGUGCUACAACCCCUUCACCCCCGAGCAGAGACAGGCCUGGGACGGCAUGCUGGAGUCUGUGGCAAACCUGAAGAAAAAAGAGAAGAAAGGCCCGAUUCCAGGGAGCGGCGCGUUCCAGCAGCUCUUCUUGCUGGUCGGAUUCUACCUCUUCAAGGCGCCGGAAGAGCUAGUGGACAUCAUGAAGGACCUGCAGAGCUGCGUGGACGUAGCUCUGGAGAAGAAUGCCAAGAAAAAGAAGAAGAAGAAGAAACCAGGGCAGGAGGAGGAGCCCGAGUGGGUGGAUGUGAUGGUGGAAAUCCUGUUGUCCCUGCUGUCCCAGCACAGCCGACAUAUCAGACUGGUCUGCAAAACAGUCUUCUCCUCCAUCUGCCCCGAUGUCACCAAAACGGCCCUCACCGCCAUCUUGGAUGUCCUGGACCCGGAGAAGGACGAGGAGGACGGCGCUUUGGUCGUCACUGUCGACAACAAAGACAAGACGAAAAACCCAGAUGAGGAAGAUGAUGAUGAGAUGGAGGGUAACAAGUCGGAUGAAUCAGACGAUGACUCUGAUGAAGCAAUGGAGGAGGACGAUGACGACGAUGAUGAGGAUGAUGAUGAUGAUGAGGGGGACAUGGCUGAGGGAAAGGUGGACCAACAGUUCCGUAUGGAGCUGAUGAAGGUCUUGCACGGGCAGAAUGCUCUGGCCACAGCGGAGGGCGGCAGCAGUGAUGAAGAGAUGGAUGACGACGCCAUGAUUGCGCUGGACAAGGGCCUGGCGACGCUGUUCUCGGCGCACAAGAAAAAUGCCGAGGCUAAAAAAGAUGAAAAGACAAAAAUUCAGAAAGAGAAGACACUGGUCCGAGACUUUAAGAUCAAGGUUUUGGACCUGGUGGAAGUGUUCGUGGCCCGGCAGGCCGGCAGCCCUCUUGUCCUUUGUUUGCUGGAGCCUCUGCUCACCAUCAUCAACAGAGGAAUGAGCUCCGGCAGCGACCAGCAGGAGCAGGACUUCCUCCGUCGAGUUGCCGAUAUCUUCAGGAACCAGCUGUGUAGGUCCAAAGUUUACUGCAGGACCGCCGGCGACAGAGAGGGGGAGCUCCAUGACCUGCUGGACAAACUGAUGACGAAAACCCAGAAGCUGUCCGAGUCCAGCGUCGGUCUCUACUACUUCAGUGCAUCUCUGUACGUGGUGAAAGUGCUGCGGGGAGCUCCACCCGCUGAAGCCAAAGAGGAGCCGACCGCCGGCGGGGCUGCAGCACAAGACUUGAGUUUCAUGGGCAACGUGGAUGUGGACCGCGUCGCCAACGUCUUCAAAGGGGCCCUGAGCAACUUCAUGGGCAAGAGGAAGAGCCCCCUGAGCGCCCAGAUGUUCACAGACCUGUUCACCAGGUUCCCUGUGUUGUGUGUGAAGCUGUUGGAUACUAUUGUGCAGCACAUCACAUCUGGAGCCCGAGUUUACCAACAGGGCCAAGCUUGUAUGCUGAUGUUGCGGGCGAUGCAGAGCAGGGAGGUUCAGCAGCUGCUGAGCGGCGCUCCCUGGACGGAGCUGUGUGCGACGGUCUCGGGUCAGCUGGCAGCGAGUCUUCAGCAGGUCGGUGUAACCGAGAACAAGGAGGUGAAGGAGAAGGUGCUGAAAGCCCUGGAGCUCAGUCAGUUCCUGGUCAGGAGCGUUCACCGUCAGAAGCUGUCUGUGGACCUUCAGCCCCUAAAGGAGGUCCUGCAGUCCCUGACCAGCAACGUCGCUUUCAAGAAGACCGGCAAGCUGGAGGACACCUACUGGGCCGUGAUGAAACUCCUUGGAGUCCAAAAACCAAAAGUUGAAAAGACAAAGCCCGACAAGGAGCCCGUCGUGCCACAAGGUCCCACGAAGAAGGAGAAAGGUUUCCUGCCAGAAACGAAGAAGCGUAAAAAGCGCGACAAUCCAAUCUUGGAGCCAGCAGCCGCCGCCGCCGCGGCAGAGGCGGGCCAGGCGACCUCGAGUUCCAGACCGGCGGCAGACAAAGGACAAGUCAAAAAGAAACCGAAGAAAACGAAGCAGAAGCGACCGGCCGACGGCGCGGCUUCUCAGCCCAACCCGGCCAAGAAGAGCAAGACGACGCCGUCUGAGAGCAAGACGGCCAAGAAGAAGAAGAAACCCAAGCAGAAGAAAGAGGGAGGAGGGAAAAUGUAAAGUGGACACUGUUUUAAUGUUUUCUUAUUAGAGGCUGUGCGUUCAUCCGUUUUUCUUUUUUUAUUAACUCUGCCGUCGGUUCAGUGUGAGCAACACGUUGGUAUGUUUCAAUAUGAGACAGUGUUGUGCAUAUUGAAAUACUUCAAAUGUAUCAGACCUGUAUUUAGAUUUUUUUUCCCCCUAUGGCCGAUGGCUAUAAAUUAGGAAAAUAAAUGUCCCCCCAUAAUAAACUCACUUCUUUCUGGAA